AUGCAAGCAUCGUCUCACCCCUCUCCUCAACUCAUCUCACCUCACCCCAGUGAUGGCGCGUUCUACGACGACCCAGACGCGGGCGGCAGCAUUCGGCAGCUGCUGGCGAGCAAGUACGAGGCGGAACGCGCGCAGGGCAUGAAGCGAGUGCUGGCGCUGCUGGCCACAGGGCACGACGCGUCUGAGUUCUUCACAGACGUGGUGAAGCUGGUGAUCACCCCAUCGCUCCCCAUCAAGCGCAUGGUCUGCUCAUUCAUCGCCCACUAUGCUCAACGCCGCCCCUCGGAAGCUCUAAUGGUGAUAAACACGCUGCACAAGGACCUGGGGGACCCGGACGCAGCAGUGAGAGCGCACGCUCUCCGCGCCAUUGCCGCCAUGCGCCUGCCGGCAGCGCUGCAGAUCGCGUGUCUGGCCGUGGGGCGGGUGGCGAGAGAUCCCUCUGCUCUCGUGCGCUGCACCGCUGCUCUUUGCCUGCCUGCUGUGGCCGCCGUGGGGGGAGAGGCUGUGCAGGAAGAGGUUGAGGAGCUGCUCUCCGUGUUCCUAUCAGACUCCUCCCCCUCGGUGGUGGGAGCAGCAGCAGCCUCAUUCUCGGCCAUCUGCCCCCACCGCCUCUCCCUGCUGCUGCCGCGCUUCCGCUUCCUCUGCCACCUGCUAGCCGACCUAGAUGCCUGUGGGCAGACCACUCUGCUGGGCUUGCUGCUGCGCUGCGCUGCUUAUGCGCAUGUGACGGUAGGGAGGGGCAGUUUGGGAGGGAUUGGCGGGCGAGAGGGAGUGGGAGGAGGAGCGGAUGGAGGAAGCAGCGGGGGAGGAGAUGGGGGUUGGGAGGGACGAGGAGGAGGAGCAGCAGCAGAGGAAGGUGUGAAGGGCAUUCGUCCUCCUUCCUCUUCUGCGUCCCUCACCCGUCACAUACCUUCAGACGUGCAGCUGCUGCUGCGGUGCUCCCAGGCGCUCCUACACAGCAGCAGCAGCAGCGCAGUGGCAGCAGCGGCGACAGUGCAAUGGGAGCUAAACCCUAGUGAUGCUGACGUUGGAACACUCGUUGUGCCGCCGCUGCUGUUUCUCCUUCGCUCCACGCCCCAUGCACAAAUGCCUGUCCUAACCAUUAUAUCCACCAUGGCCCAUCGCCGCCCAUCCAUCUUCGUGCCCUACAUGCACCUCCUCUACCCCUCUGCGGCCGACCUGCCCCCUCUGCGCGCUCACAAGCUCGCCCUGCUGCCUCUCCUCGCCACGCCUGCCAACGCCUCUGCCCUGCUGCUAGAGCUCCAGGCCUGCCUUCGUUCAGCAGACGCUACGUCUGCCUGUGCCAUCAUAGCAGCAGUCACACGGGUGGCUGAGAGCGUGCCAGAUGUCGCAGCGUCAGUGGUGGAGGGGCUGGUGCAGCUGGCAAUACAGCGCGGCUCCUGUGGUGGUAUCAGCAGCAGCGGUGCUGCUGGUGCUGCUGGUGCUGCUGGUGCUGCUGGUGAGAGUGCAGAGGCAGGGACGACAGGAGAACACGCAGGGGAGGAACAGGAGGAGGAGUGUAAGGAAGGCGGGCAGCAGGAGGGGAAUGGACAGGAGAAUGGGCGGGAGGAAGGGGAGGAGGAAGGGCAGGGGAAUGAGGAGAAGGGUGAGGAAGGGGAGGAGGGAGAAGAGGAGGAGGGGGAGGAGGAGCUUAGGAUAGAGUUGAGGGCGAUGCAGAGUGGUGUGGUGCUGGAGGCUUUACAUGGAGCCAAACGGCUGAUUGAUGGAUGUCCCACUGCACACAGCAAGGUGCUACUCCGGCUGCUCCUAUCCCUCCCAUCCAUCCACCCACCUGAAGCCACGGCCCUCAUUCUCUCUCUCCUCGCCCACGCCGCCCGCUCCUUACCCCCCCUCCUCCUCGCCUGCCCCACUGCUCUCUCCCUGCUCCUCCCCUCCCUCCCCUCCCAACCGCCCUCGGUCAAGCUCCAACUGCUCAAUGCUGCCGCUAAGGUGUACCUUUUGAUUGCAGCUCCACAUGUCACCAACUCGCCCAUCCCCUUCACAGCACCAGAAUCCUCUGACCUACAAGCAGCGCACACCACCAUAGCCCACGUUCUACUCUCCGCUCUCUCCAUCUGUGCAUCAGACCCCUCCUCUGAUGUGCGGGACCGCUGCCGCUUCCUCUCCACCCUCCUCUCCCCACUCCUCUCCUCCACUCUUCCUGCACACGCCAAAGCCCCUGCUCCUGCUGCUGCUGCUGCUGCCGCUCCCGCCGCUGCUGCUUCUACAGAAUUCUCUGCCAAUUCAUCUGGAGGCGAGGGAAGUCAAGCAUCAAGCAGUCAAGCAGCGAGCAGCCAAACAGGCACACAGGGGGGUCGAUCCCUUGUGCUGGCACUGGCGGAAGUGAGAGAUGGUGGUGACCUGGCGUCGUGGCUAGGGGAGGAUGAGGAUGGGGCAGGGAGAGCAACAGAUGGCGGGGUUGACGGUGGUCGUAGUGCGGUAGAUGCAAGUAACCGGGUGAAUGAGCAACAGACAGGUGCUGGGGGGUCAAGAGGUGGCGGUGGUGGUGAUGAUGCUGGAGUGGGGGAGAGAGCAGGGGAGGGUACACGGCAGGGAGUAGUAGGUAGGGGGGGUGGAGUGUACGCAGUUGGGCAAGAGGUGGGGAGUGUGAAUGUCAGGGCAGGCGGAGCUGCUGCUGCUGCUGCUGCUGCUGCUGCUGUUGCUGGUAACCGGCAAGAGGUUGAGGGUUUUGAGGCUGCUUAUCAGCAGUUUCAGAGCAAGCGGAAUGUGGAGGCCUGGUUGGAGGACUAA